AUGAACUUCCCUCGAGAACCAUGGACUGGUCGCUUACCAGGGGCUGGGACACCAGUCCAAGGCCAGAAGCGAAGCCCUCCAUUUGCUGCAGAUUCCUCUUCAAAACGAAAACGUGCUAAAGCCCAGUGCGGAUUCACAGACUCAACCUGGCUCAACGUUCCCUACGAUACCAUCGAAAACUGUCUGACAUGCCUUGAUAAGCAUCCCCGAAAGCCGGAACUUCACUUGCUCCAAGAGGAUGGUGAACAUCUCCGUUCUCAUCCACUCCCAAGAGUGACCUUGAUCAAAGUUCACCAGCAGAAAGACUUAUAUACCAACAUGUAUUCUCCUCCGCUGAAGAUCCACCACUUCCGGAAUUUCAUCACUUCUUGUCCCAACUUGAAGUCUUGCUCGUGGGUAGUGAGUGGGUAUGAGGCAUCUAAUGGUCAGACACCCAGCGACUUUGAGGGGUUCGACAUUCCGAAACCUUUACCUUCACUUGAACAUCUAGCUCUUGAUGGACACUAUCUAGGUAGCGCAAUGUGGCAUGGGUGGGAAGCUGAUUUCAAUUGGUCCAGUCUUUCGUCUCUCGAAGUCAGCGGGUUGUUUGUGCUUGAGAAUAUCAAACUCAUGACAGGGCGUUUGAUCAAUCUUAAGCACUUGAAGGUUAUAGGGAGUGACGUCCAAAACGAAGAGCUGUGCCGAAGCCUGGAGCAUUUCUUGGUGCUUUUUGACACACUAGUGGAUCUGGAAAUAUUGAACUGCUUUGUUCCACUGCACGUUAUUGCUCGUCAUACUCGUUUGGUCAACCUCUGUGUGCAUAUCGGCGACACCUGGAAUUGUCUAGACUCUCGCCUCGUGUUGAGUAACGACGACUUGAUUUCUUUGGAUACAUUGUGUCCUCGAUUGGAGAAUCUGGAGCUGGAUAUUGAGCGCGAGAAUGGAACAAAUGAGUGGGCAGUUCUAGACACUUUAGCGCGUGGUUUCUCAAACCUCAAGACACUCGCUCUCCAUUCACGGAUUGGCAAUUUGGUGCGAGAUUAUUCCGGAUAUUUGGGUUUGUAUGAAGAGUGCCAUUUCUUUGAGCCUGAGUUGACGUACAAGACGGCAAAAGAGAUCGGUUCCAAUUUCUUUGCCACUCGACGACGAGAAUUUAAUCCAAGCUCCGAAUCUCCGGGCAUGUCAAGGGGAUUUGGAAGACUCCUAAAAUUGACAUUGAAGGCGGGACUCAAUAAAGGAUUACCGUGUCCCAAGCGCUGGAAAGAAAUGCACUACGAGUUCAACACCUUGACUUUCGACAUGUUACCACCCAGGACUACGGGUGAAGCACCUGAGUUGGUGCACUUGGAAAGGGAGAAUCAAGAGAAAAAGUGUCGUCAGUUCUCAGAUCCAUUAGUGGCUUUCCACUUACGGCUGAAGAUAUUGAUCGCCGAGGAGGGCUCACGCUUUGUUCCCACACGCAAUCCCUAUGGCUCCAAAGUAGUUUGCAAAUUUCGGCAGCGAGUACCACCUCGUCGGUCAGAGAGACUUGCACGGAGGCGGGCGAUGGAGUCAGUGGAUUGA